AUGCGAAUCAUUCAGCUCACCGUUGACCUGACGGACGCUCCGCGCCGUCUCGCUCACGUCGUGGCCGACCUGCCCGUCCGGCCCAACACCACGGCGAGCUUCACAACACCUCUAUGGUUUUGCGCUACGCACAUGCCCAGCGGUCCCGUCGGUCGCAUCGCGGGGCUCUUCUUCACCACUGACAAUGGCCACACGGUGCUCAAGUGGCGCCGCGACGCUACGCGGACUCACAUUUACCAUGUGGACAUCCCCAGCGGGGUGACGACGGUGCGCGCCAGCUUCGAUGCCAUUUUGAAGAGCCAACUGACGAGGCGCAUGGUCAUGGCCUCGUGGGAAGCGUUUAUGCUACACCCGGCCUACUCUCAAGUGUCUAAAAUCCCAAUACAGGCAACUAUUCGAAUUCCGGGAAAUUGGGAUUACGCAACAAGCUUGGUCACUGAGACAGGGGAAGCUGCCCCUGAGGGCGCUUACAAGACCAUCAUCUUCAAGCCAGUGUCGGCGGAAAGACUCGAGGAUUCGCCAGUGCUUGUUGGGCAGUAUCUGAGCCAGUCCGAUAUUACCAAGGAUGGCAAACACCAGCUCUGCGUUGCCUUUAGCGACCCGCAGCUCCUCAAUAUCCCGCAGGAUCGGCUUGACAAGCUUGAAAGGCUCAUCGGUGAAGUCAGGGCGCUCUUAGGACCAGGACCUUAUCAGCAAUACAAAUUUCUGUCCGUCUCAUCCGACAUACUUGUACCAGGCGAGCUGCGCGGCAGUGGAGGCGGCAUCGAGCACGCCGAAUCGUGCCAUCUCAUCACUUCUAGCAGGGUCUUUGCCGAUCUCGACCUUUUCGAUUGGGUAGCCAAUGUCUUCAGCCACGAAUACUUCCAUGUGUGGAACGGCAAGUAUCGCCGCCCCGCAGGACACGUCCCGAGUGACUUCACCGCGCCGCUCGACGACACGCUGCUGUGGGUGUACGAGGGUCUCACGCAAUACUACGGCCUCGUGCUGGCGGCGCGGUCCGGCUUGUCAGCCCCGAGCACCAUCAAGACCAAGCUUGCCCUCGCCAUCGCCAACAUGCAGUGCCAGUCAGGUCGUGGUUGGCGCUCGACCGAGGACACGGCCAUAGGCGUGCCUCUCAGAGUCGGGGGGUCCAGCGAAUGGGGCAGCUACGUGCGUGGCUUCGACUACUACGACGAGGGCGUCCUGCUUUGGCUCGACGCCGACACCUUGAUCCGCGAGCGCAGCCACGGGGCCAAGAGCUUGGACGACUUUGCACGAAAGUUCUUUGACGUGGCGGGGGCGACGCAGCCGCUUGUCGUUCCUUACACAUUGAACGAAGUCGUGUCGACACUCAACGAGACGCUUCCGUUCGACUGGGCGCGCUUCUUUCGCGAGCGCGUGCAAACGCCGCAGGCACAGGUCAACACGGAGGGCUUCGAGCGCGCUGGCUACAAGUUUUCUUACACGCUCGAGCCGAUUGAAGCGCCCGUGCCCGUCGCGCAGCGCCGGCUUGCCGUAUGGCACUCAUUGGGUGUGCGCGUCGACCAGGACGGCAAGGUGGUGGACGUGCAGCGCUUCAGCCGCGCGGAUGAGGCCGGCCUGGCGCCUUCACAGAAAAUUACGCACGUCAGAGGAAACAAGUACAGCCUCGACGAGCUCACGGCGGCGAUUGAGACCGCGCGAGGGCGGCCCGACGGCAAGGUGCAGCUGAGCCUCGAGGGAGAUGAAGAGUCAUGGGAUGCGGAGGUCAAGCACAGCAGCGGAUUGGUGUACCCCGUGCUAAAGCCUCACGGAAAGCCGGAUGUGUUGGCGCACAUUUUCGCGUCCAGGGCUGCGAGGCAAUAA